CAACGGAUAUAAAAAACCUCCACCAAACCCCGAACCCAAAAACACAACCCCAUGAGUUCCACCGCCCUCUCCUUCUCCUCCCCAUCGCUACUGCGCUCCACCAAACUCCCCACCUCGAUCUCCCCUCCCAAAUUUCCCGCCAUCUCAACAACCCAUUUCAGCCGCAAUCGGAUCUUCCUCCCCCCUCUCCACCCAAACCCGACCCGAUCCCCUAGGAUCCGCUCCUCCACCUCCAUGGCCGCGGGGUCCACCACCGGCGACAUCAAGAAGGGGCUGAUGGUCUUCGAGAGCGAAGGCGAUCUCGCCACCAAGCUCGCUGAGUACACCACUGGCCUCUCUGGCCUCUCCGGUAAGUUCACCGCCGAGAGGGGUGCGUUCACCGUUGUAAUCUCCGGUGGAUCUCUCGUAAAAGCCCUCAGGAAGCUGGUGGAGGCGCCAUUUGUUGAUUUGAUUGAGUGGGGAAAGUGGCAUGUGUUUUGGGUGGAUGAGCGAGUUGUGCCGAAAGAUCAUGAUGAUAGUAACUAUAAGCUGGCAUAUGAUGGGUUUUUAUCAAAGGUUCCUAUUCCACCGGGGCAUGUUUAUGCCAUCAAUGAAGCCCUUUCUGCAGAAGGUGCUGCUGAUGACUACGAGACCUGUUUGAAACAACUUGUUAAAAGUGGGGUACUUCAGAAAUCGACAUCCACAGAAUUUCCAAAGUUCGAUCUCAUGCUAUUAGGAAUGGGCCCUGAUGGUCAUGUGGCUUCCCUUUUCCCUGGACACCCUCUUCUCAAUGAAAAAGAGCGAUGGAUUACCUUCAUUAAGGACUCCCCAAAGCCACCACCAGAGAGAAUUACUUUCACAUUUCCUGUGAUAAACUCUUCAGCAAACAUUGCACUUGUGGCCACUGGAUCAGGUAAAGCUGGUGUUGUGCAGAAAGCUCUUGGUGGCGAAAACAGUGCAUCUGAGCUUCUUCCUGUCCAAAUGAUCACACUUGAAGAUGGAGAACUUACCUGGUUUGCUGAUAGGGCAGCAGCAUCAAAGCUGUAGUAAGGCAACCUUGUGGUAGUGUGAGUUAUUUUCAUUGCACCAACGUUUCAAUAAGUUGUGUUCAUUUGGUCAGUGUUCUUGGCGAAAGCUACACCUACCGUUUUGUCAGCAGAGUUUAAACGUUUUAUGGACUUCUGCAUUGAGUAUCUUUGAUAUAAUAAUCUCCCAUUGUAUCAGCUUACGCUUUAUAAGUGACAUAUGUCUUAGAAGAUGUAAAAGGAUGCGAUUGUAAGUUGUUAUUAUUAUCGGAGGAUUACGCUACUUGUAGAUGCUUGAGGCAUUGUCGAGCUUGAAUGCGUGUUUUUGUUUC